AUGUUAGUUUUACGUCGAACACUAUCUACAGCUAUUUCAUAUGCUGCUAAACCUUUAAUUAGUGUUGAUCUUAAUCGAUCACCAACAGAACAAUUAAUUCCUCUUCAUAAUCGUUGGCAUCCAGAUAUUCCUAGUGUUAUAUCAGUUCGUCGAAAUGAUGUUUUUCGUAUUGAAUGUGUUGAUUGGACUGGAGGACAAAUUGGAAAUAAUGAUUCAGCUGAUGAUGUUAAAAAUGUUGAUUUAACACGUAUUCAUUAUUUAUCAGGUCCAAUUGAAGUUGAAGGUGCUUCUCCUGGUGAUAUUCUUGUUGUUGAUAUUCUUGAUGUAGGUCCUCUUCCAUCAUCUAUGUGGGGUUUUACAGGAAUUUUCGAUAAAAAGAAUGGAGGAGGAUUUUUAAGUGAUAUUUAUCCCAAUGCAUGUAAAGCUAUAUGGGAUUUUUCUGGAAUUUAUGCAACAAGUCGACAUAUAAAAAAUGUUCGAUUUGCUGGACUUACUCAUCCAGGUAUUAUUGGUUGUGCUCCAUCACAUGAACUUUUAUCUCGAUGGAAUAAACGUGAACAAGAUUUAAUUAAUCGUUGUACACAUUCACAUCAUCAAUAUUCUGUUUUUGCAAAUCCACCUAUUGAAAAAGGUGCUUGUUUAGGUCGAUUAAAAUUUGAAGAUAAUAAAAGUAAAUGGAAAGAAAUUGCUACUCAAGGAGCUCGUACAAUUCCACCUCGUGAACAUGGUGGUAAUACUGAUAUUAAAAAUAUUUCACGAGGUUCACGUGCUUAUUUACCUGUUUAUGUUAAUGGAGCUAAAUUAAGUUUAGGUGAUAUUCAUUUUUCACAAGGUGAUGGAGAAAUUGCAUUUUGUGGUGCUAUUGAAAUGAGUGGUUAUGUUGAUUUAAGUGUUGAUAUAAUUAAAGAUGGUAUGUCUCGUUUAUCAAUAAAUAAUCCAUUAAUUCAACCUGGUCCUAUUGAACCUCGUUAUUCGAAUUAUUUAACAUUUCAAGGAAUAUCAGUUGAUGAUAAAGAUAAACAAUAUUUUCUUGAUGCAACAUUAGCUUAUCGUCAAGCAUGUCUUUCAGCUAUUCGAUAUUUAAAACUUUUUGGUUAUAGUGAAGAACAAGUUUAUUGUUUAUUAUCAGCUGCACCUAUUGAAGGACGUAUUGGAUCUAUUGUUGAUAUUCCUAAUGCUUGUUGUACACUUUCUUUACCAAUUGAUAUUUUUUCAUUUGAUAUAAGACCUCAAUCAGCUACACAAAUUGAUCAAAAUAUUGAUCGAGGACAAUUAGCUAAAACAACAUCUUAA